AUGGGUAAUUCCAGCGGGAAACCCGUUGUAUUCACGGAUGAGGUCAACCUAAAUCAUUUCCGCCUAUUACGAGUAGUGGGAAAGGGUGCUUUCGGGAAGGUCCGCAUUGUCGAGAGGAAGGAUACGGGCUUGACGUUCGCACUCAAGUACAUCAGGAAAGAUGAAGUGGUUCGAUCGGAGAGUGUCAGGAAUAUCAUCAGGGAGCGACGGAUGUUGGAGCAUUUAAACCACCCGUUUCUGUGCAAUCUGAGAUAUUCUUUCCAGGAUAUCGAAUACUUGUACAUUGUGGUUGAUUUGAUGAAUGGUGGAGAUUUGCGUUUCCACAUCUCGCGAAAGACCUUUACGGAGGAUGCGAUUAGGUUUUGGAUGGCAGAAUUGUCUUGCGCAUUGAAGUAUAUCCAUUCAAGAGGUAUCGUGCAUCGUGAUGUCAAACCCGACAAUAUAUUGCUCGACGGGGAUGGUCAUGUGCAUUUGGCGGAUUUUAAUGUUGCGUCGGAUAUCCACCCUGACCGGCCAUUAACAAGCAAGUCAGGUACGUUGGCUUACCUCGCGCCAGAGGUUUAUGCAGGAAGGGGAUAUGGAACGGAGGUGGACUGGUGGUCGUUGGGAGUCGUAUUCUAUGAGUGUAUCUACGGAAAGCGCCCAUUUAUUUCCGAUACCCACGUGGAACUUUCAAGAGAAAUCAUGAGGGCGAACCCUGUAUACGCAGUUACGAAACCAGCAGUUUCAAAUACCUGCAUGGACUCAAUACGGAGUCUGUUGCAGGCCGAUAUUUCCAAACGAAUAGGCGCUCUGACAUAUGAAAGUUUCACCAACCAUGUCUUCUUUGCGGAUUUGGAUUUCGAAGCAUUGGAAAGAAAGGAGAUCGAACCAGUAUUCAAGCCCUCAAGUGAUAAGACGAAUUUCGACGCGACAUACGACCUGGAGGAGCUAUUAUUAGAGGAAGCACCGCUUGAAGCACGAGCACGAAGACAGAGGCCUAGAGAGGUAUUAAGGCCUGAUGCUACCGCACAAGAAAUUAGGGAGGAGGAACUACACAAGAUGAUAGAGACGCUUUUUGAGCCCUUUGAUUAUACCUCAGUAGCGUAUGAUAACAGCUAUCCCGGUACUGUUGAUAACGAGUCCCAAUCUGUGGGUCCACCACCAGACUGGGUAAAACCUUCGACCCUCCCCGCUGGGUGCGUGACAGGCAGCCCUGUCUCAAUUAACGCCACAAAGAGCCAGAAGUCAACGGUGGGAUCUCCGACUUCGGGCUCCCCGCCGAUACCGACCAAGUGCAAUGGGAAUAGCGAGGUUUCGUCAUCGCCACAUACAUUGUUGAAGACAGUAACCGCGCCUGAACGACCGACACCGGUAAGGCCACCAACUGCAGGGUCGAAGGCCAGGCAUGGGGUUCGAAAUCAGUCGGCAAGUGGUGGGGUAUCGGUCACAUUGGACGAGACUGGUUCGUGGUCAGAUCUGGCUGAUAAAUCUGCGCCGGUAAAAUCAAAGCCUUCUGGUAUGCUGGGGUUCUUGUCAAAGAAGAGGGGAAGAGCAUCCAGCCCGAAGCCGCAAGAACGUGGGGUACUUUCUAGCAGAGAAGGCGGUAGGGUUGUCAUUACCUGA